AUGGUCUUCAAGCCCUUCAAGCCUCCUUCGAUUAGGAAGCCCGAGACAUCAAUGGGAAAAACGGAAGACUCCGAUCCUCCAGCCAAAAAACCCCGAUUGGAGAAGGAUGAGCCAACACCAGCAGACACGCGACCUCCCCCACCAUUAAGUUCCCGAAAGCCAUUGGUACAAGUCAGGAACGGAAAAGAGACUUCAGGGAAACCCUCCAAGAAAGCUGUCCCCAAAGCAGGCGCCGGCGAACGUUAUUUCAAUGCCCUCUGGAGAAAACCAACGACAAAGAAAAACAAGACUUGGGAUGGAGAUGCCAUACUUGUUGCCCGUGGCACUCUCUUAUCUUUACGAGAUGCCGGAGGCAAAGAGAUGGGCCGGGUAAUUUACCAGCAAGAGCUUGAGCAGGGGAAGAUGCUUUACAUCUCCGGGAAAGAGGUUGAGAUCGACUCUGAAAUACCCCGCGCGGAAUACCUAGCCACGAGAUCACCAGUGGAAGAAAAGAAACAAGCGCCCACGUCGCCGAAAGCGCCGGUCAAUAUGUCUCUAGCUGCGCUGCGGAUGGCCAUGGGAAAGACAGCUGCCAAGCCAGCUGCCUCUAAUGCGACUACGUCUUUGAAACGCAACUCAUCGGCCUUGAAGGAUGACAACACUUCUAGAGCAUCUACCACCCCGACCUUCGCUGCUUACAAGGCACCUCUCCUCGAGAAUACGGUAGUGUCAUCGAAUGCCACCAAGGCCGUUCCACGACACGAUCCCACUGCGCCAGGGGCAUUGGUAAUGCCGAGACCGAGAACUGUCCCCGAGGGAAAGCAGAUUGUGGAUGUGGUGGUCGACCCGCUGUUGGUAAAGAGUCUACGACAACAUCAGCGCGAUGGUGUCCAGUUUCUCUACGAAUGUGUCAUGGGCAUGCGGGAUUUCAACGGCGAAGGAGCAAUUCUGGCGGACGAUAUGGGUCUUGGAAAGACACUCCAGACCAUCGCGUUGCUAUGGACGCUGUUGAAACAAAACCCCAUUGCCGGCAAUGCCCCCGUCAUCAAGAAAGCACUGAUUGUUUGUCCCGUGACACUCAUCAACAACUGGCGAAAAGAGUUUCGCAAGUGGCUUGGAAACGAGCGAAUUGGUGUCUUUGUCCUUGAUGAUAAUCGCAGGCGUCUGACUGAUUUUACAAAAGGAAAGGCUUACAGUGUUAUGAUUGUGGGAUACGAGAAGUUGAGGACAGUCCAUGAGGGUCUGGCAAGAGGUGCAGGAGUCGAUAUCAUCAUUGCCGAUGAAGGUCACCGACUCAAAACGCUCCAGAAUAAGAGUGGUCAAGCCAUCCAGAAUCUCAAUGCUACGAAAAGAGUUAUUCUUUCGGGCACGCCUAUCCAAAACGAUUUGAGAGAGUUUUUCGCGGCCGUCGACCUCAUCAACCCUGGGAUCCUCGGCAACUUUAAGGCCUUCAUCAAAGAGUUUGAGACACCGAUUGUUCGCAGUAGACAACCAGAAGCUACUAGCAAGGAUAUCGAGAAAGGCGAAUCCAGAAAUGAGGAGCUCAGAGAACUCACAUCUAAGUUCAUUCUCCGCAGAACGGCAGACGUUCUGGCCAAAUACCUCCCACCCAAGUCAGAAUAUGUACUUUUCUGCAAACCGACGCCAGCCCAGGCAAAUAUCUACCAAGCUGUCCUGGCAUCUCCUAUAUUCCAGACAGCGAUGGGAAAUGCCGAGAGUGCUCUCCAACUGAUCACCAUCCUGAAGAAACUAUGCAACAGCCCGUCUCUACUAACGGCUAAAAACAACGACAAUUCACCCAGUGAAACCAUCGCUGCUCUUCUAGCGUCCCUACCACCAGCUCUCAUGCGCCACUUCUCUCCUUCAGCAAGCGCCAAAGUCCGCGUCCUCGACCAACUCCUUGACAGUAUCCGUUCCAACACAUCAGAGAAAAUCGUCCUUGUAUCAAACUACACUUCAACUCUGAACCUCCUCGCCACCCUCCUUUCAUCCCUCGGUCUCCCGUUCCUCCGUCUCGACGGAAGCACUCCAGCUCAAAAACGCCAACCACUCGUCGACGACUUCAACCGCCAGCCCGCCGAGAAGUGCUUUGCUUUUCUUUUAUCCGCCAAAGCAGGUGGCACAGGACUUAACCUGAUCGGAGCCAGUCGUCUCGUUCUUUUCGACGUAGACUGGAACCCCGCAACGGACAUUCAAGCCAUGGCGCGUAUCCAUCGCGAUGGACAAAAAAACCACUGUCGCAUCUACCGCGUCAUUCUCAAGGGUUUGGCGGAUAGUGUCAUGGAGCAUAAGGACAGCGUAUCGCAGUUUUCCACCGCUGAAUUACGCGACUUGUUCCGACUUGAUCAGGAAAGUCUUUGUCAGACGCAUGAUCUUGUGGGAUGUGACUGCGGUGGAAGGGGCAUCACGUCCUUGCCGUCCUCGGGCGCGGCGACGCCCAAAGAGGAAAUAGAUGUCGACGAGUUAAGCGAUGAUGGAUCCUGUGAUUCCCUCCCUGAGGAUCCGUGCCUUUUGAAAGCAUCUGAAGUGGACAUGGAAGAACAGGAAUGUUCUAUUCGUCAUGGAACGUAUCGUGGCCAGCGUUAUGCUAAGAAUGGAAAAGGCAAGCCUGGACAGAAGGACAAGAUGCAUCAAUCUUUGGCGCAGUACGCUCACAUCGACCCAGCACUUCUGUGCGAUGAAACCAACGAGGAUCUCUCAGCAGCGGUGGAUGACGAUGUUCUCGUCUCCCUGCUCAAAGAUGAAUCUAAUCGGAUCGGGUACAUCUUCAAGAAGACGAGCGGCGCGGAGAUCGAGACUAAGAUGCCAGAGAAAUAA